AUGGAGCUAAAAUUAGGCUUCAAUUCCAAAUCUAACAGCACUGCUGUGGGUUCAGAACAGAUUGCUCCAGCUGUAGUUCUGGGUUUGUGCUGUUUGGUGGGUUUGCCAAGCAACAUCGCAGUAAUAAUCCGCAUUGCUCGUGAGUGGAACACAAAUUUUAGCUUUACCUUAAGUUUAAUGCUAAACCUUGCUGUCUCUGAUGCUUUGACCCUUUGCUUGGCUCCUGUCGUGCUGUGUGGAAUACUGUUUGGAUGGAAACUUGGCCUUUGGUCUUGUAGGAUCCUGUUCUUCUUGGGUCACUGGAGUCUGUAUGUUGGUGUCCUGACGGUCACCUCCAUGAGUGUGCAGCGCUAUCACAAUGUCAUCAAGUCAAGGGUCACUAACAGGAAGCUACUGCACAGACUGGAAAGACAACACAGACGCCUUCAUCUGACUGGCAUCUGGAUUCUAGCCUUUGUUUUUGCCCUGCCAAUAUUUUUCACUCAAGGACUCAAAAACAAGGAUGGAUUGCAAAGAUGUCAGAGGUCAAUGGAGUCACGGCCUAUAGUAGUGGCUGCUUUGCUUCUUGAGAUCCUGUUGGGGUUCGUCAUUCCAUUUUUGAUCAUGUUAACAUGUUAUCUCUGGUUGCACAAAGGCUUGAGCCAAAAAGCCAAGAGCUUCAAUCUAACUACAGUUCCACAGGACCAGAAACCCAGAAAUCAGGGGGCAAACGUUAAGACUUACAAGAAGAGACUUGUGGUCAGCAUCGUUGUGGCUUUCUUUCUGUUUUGGACUCCUGUGCACAUCAUUAAUGUGAUUGAUAUAGUUACUACUCUGACUAAAACUUCUCAUCCAGAUGUUUAUGCCCGACUGAUAUCCUUCCGUAGAGUUUAUGGUGAUACAAGCAAGACUCUGGUUUUGCUAAACUGCUGUCUGGAUCCUUUUCUUUAUGCCGUCUCUUCAGGAAACAUUCUAAAAUGUAUCAGAAAGAAAUAA